UCACAAAGCGUCGCUCAGGACGGAGCAUCUCUGAAGGCAGCGUUCUCUCUACACAUUACGACGGUCUUCUUUCCUGUAAGCAAGAAGAAGUCUGCAGUGAUGGACAGGACACAAGACAUAAUGGCUUUGAUCUGCCUGUUAUUUCUCAAACUGCCAAAGUUUGAGAUGGCUAGUGGAAAAGUCUUAGAGGAGACAUAUCGGAAGUGGGUCCAGUAUAAAGAAGACUGUGUCAAAAUGAUAGAAAAUGAGCCGCUACCUCAAGGUACGCUGAAACUUCAAGUUUUGUUGAGUCAUCAUGCAAAAGCAAAUAUGGCAAAAAAUGGAAAGGGAACUGAAAAGGAACUGAGAAAAUCAGAUUUCUUUUCAGUUUCUUACUCUUCCUUUCUAGCAGGCUUGUUCUGUAACAGGACAUUUGACAGAUACGCCUGCUGGCCAGAUACUCCUGCCGACUCUGUGGUCAACAUCUCAUGUCCUUUCUACCUGCCCUGGUAUGACAAAGUGUCCCAGGGAGUCGUGCGCCAGCGUUGUGGCUCUGAUGGGCUCUGGGAGAGAGAGGACAGCGGGCAGGUGUGGAGGGACAUGACCCAGUGUGAGGAGGAAAAAGAGGUCACAUCUCAGGAGCUGUGGUUCAAGCAGCUGAUGGUGAGCUUCAGGAUGUUGUACACUGUCGGCUAUUCCUUGUCGCUCUUCACUCUCAUAACAGCGCUUAUCAUUCUUCUGAGCUUUAGGAAACUGCAUUGCACCAGGAACUACAUUCAUGCAAACCUCUUCCUCUCCUUCAUUCUGCGAGCUGUAUCUGUUAUUGUUAAGGACACCAUGCUAGAACGCCACUGGGGACGAGAGAUCAUGAAACAGACCGACGUGAGUGAGAUGCUCAGUCACCAGGCUGCCGUUGGCUGCCGGAUAGCACAGGUGAUGAUGCAGUACUGUGUCCUGGCCAAUCACUAUUGGUUCUUUGGAGAGGCAAUUUAUUUGUACUCUGUGCUUAUAGCCUCAGUGUUCAUCGACAACAACAAAUACUUGCCUUAUAUCUGUCUUGGCUGGGGAACACCACUUCUGUUUGUGGUUCCCUGGGUAGUGAUGAAGCUAUUGAAAGAAAACAAAGAGUGUUGGGCUCUCAAUGAGAACAUGAACUACUGGUGGAUCAUUCGUUUCCCAAUCCUUUUUGCAUCACUAAUCAACUUUCUAAUUUUCAUGAAGAUCCUGAAGGUCAUUCUUUCGAAAUUACGAGCCAGCAACCAGAGUGGAUACCCUGAUUACAAACUUCGGCUUGCCAAGGCAACCCUUACCCUCAUUCCUCUGUUUGGGAUUCAUGAGGUCAUAUUCAUCUUUGCUACAGAUGAGCAGACAACAGGCGUCCUGCGCUACAUUAAAGUUUUCUUCACCCUUUUUCUCAAUUCAUUUCAGGGCUUUCUGGUGGCUGUGCUCUACUGCUAUGCUAAUAAAGAGGUCAGGACAGAGCUGAGGAGGAAGUUACGCAGCUGGAGGAUAGAGGCAGAGAUUGUAUGCUGUGGACAGUGACUAGGCGUGCUUGACUCUCGAGUAGACACUUUCUCCAUCGCCACAGUGCCAGAGCGCAACAGAUCCUCUGCCACAACGAUGAGGGCAGUACCUGAUGGCUCACCCACUCCUGAGAAUUCACAGAUUUUCAGACGUCAAGCUCAGCCAGCUU